AUGUCUAGGGUAGCAAUUAUCACAGGAGCUGCUCAAGGGAUUGGAGAAGCAAUUGCCUGUCGACUGGCAUCCGAAGGAAUCAGCGUGGCUCUGGUAGACCUUGCUAGCAAAAUGGAUGCACUAGAUCAAAUAGCGAGAAAAAUUGGAAGCGAAGGCCGUAGAUCAAUCUCUAUCAGCUGCGAUGUAUCAAAAGAGAAUGAGGUUCAAGACAUGGUUAGGAAAACUAUCGAUAGAUUUGGAGGUUUAGAUAUUAUGAUCGCCAACGCAGGGGUCCUGGACUACUGUCCGUUAUUGGAGUUAUCCGAUACACUAUUGGAUAAAUACCUUAACAUCAACUUAAAGGGCGUACUAUAUUGUUAUCGCGCAGCAGCAAUUCAGAUGAUCAAACAAGGGCGAGGUGGGAGGAUUAUUGGAGCAAGUAGGGUCAAGAACUGUGGUGGCUAUUGCGUCUCAAAGUUCGGCGUCCGGGCGCUCACUCAGACCGCUGCUCUAGAGUGGGGGCAAUAUAACAUUACAGUCAACGCAUAUGCCCCAGGAUAUAUUGACACUCCAAUGGUUGCUGAAUCGGGUGGUGGCCUGCACGGAGAGAACUUUCUGCCUUUAUCAUUGGAAGCUACUGAGCAACUGUGGUAUUAA